AGAGAAAGCGUUAUUAUUAUUAACUCAGAAACGGGACUUAAUCGCGAAUUAUGUUUUAAAUUUACCUCCGACGUUUCGAGGACGGCGUUGUCGUUUAGAAGAAUGGCUAAAGUUGACAUCAACAUAUUCUAGCCGCGAGAGUUUUUCGAACUACCCGCACUUGGUCUUGUUGAACGAGCAGCCACAACACUAUCCGUUACAGGAGGAUGGAGUAAUGUCGCCGAGUCUGUCCGGGUUCCCAAACAAAUACAACAUAUAAUAAAUGCAGUUGGUGUUUUUACACAUAAUGAAAAAACCUAUGUUCCUGUAGUGGCCAAGGAUAUAGACGGAGUCCCUCGACCAGAAAACUUGCUGCUAAGCAAUUUACGAAGAGCCGUUAAACUAUUAUCAAAUCCGGAGACAUUAAUAGAACACAGAAAGUAUUUUUAUGACCAUAACCCCAUUCCUGGUUCUCAGUGGAAUAAAGAAGAAUAUCUGCUUUUAAAUGCAGAAGAAAUUAUAAAAGCAGAUUACAAUGAUAAUUAUGCAAGUGAUUUCCAAAAUGAUUGGCAUGCAGUUCAAAAUUACCUUGAUUGCCUUUAUAGAAAUUCAAAACAAAAGCCAGCGUUUGCAUGUGAUUAUAUUAAAUUUACAUCAGAUGGAGAGAAGUCUUUGCUUAUGUCCAAUAAAAUGGGAACGCUUAGAGUACCUGAUAGAGGGAGUAAAGAAUUAGGCACUUACUGUAGGAGCUGCUUACUGGAAGGCGACAUAGAGGAUUAUUACACUUUAUCAAAGCUGUCAGUUACAUCUGACAAUAUAUUAUGUUUGCUUGGAGAAUGCCCAGAGCCGAUUACUUGUAAUGAUCCACUGUAUAAUUUAAGAAGGGAAACUGUAAAUGGAUUCAUUGUGAUGAACUAUCUUAGAGUCUCCUACAGUUCCUACAUGAUGUCUUUGAUGGACUUUAACCAUGGUGCUUCAAUGAUGACACUUCAUUCACCUAUACCACUUACGCUUUCUGUCACCACAAGAGGAAUAGGCAUGAGUAUUUGCCACCUAGUUUAUGCAGCGUCAAGUUACAAGGCAAUUCCAAUGCCUGACAUAUAUGCACUGUACAGACUCUGUCUUGGCUUGCUUGAAGUCAAACUGUCACAGGAUAUGUACACUCCAGCCCAUGUGACUGAUACAUACCGGUAUCUAUCAAAUGCAGACUUGAAUCAUAUUGCCCAAAGUGUCUGGGUCCCUAAACAAAUACAAUGUCUCAUAAAUGCUGUGGGCAAAAUGCAACACGAAGGUAUUACCUAUGUUCCUGCAGUUGCCAAGGAUGUAACUGAUGACGCUGGUGCUGUCCCUCGACCAGAAAACUUGCUGCUCAGCAAUUUACGAAGAGCUGUUGAACUAUUAUCAGGUCCGGCAACACUAGUGCAACACAGAAAGUAUUUUUACGAACAUAACCCAAUUCCUGGUGCACUGUGGGAUAAUGAAAAAUAUCUACUAUUAAAUGCAGAUCAGAUAAUACCAGCAGAUUACGAAACUAAUCUUGUUACCAAUUUCAAAAGAGAUUGUGAGGCAAUUCAACCCUACCUUAAGAGCCUUUGUAGGUACUCCAUACAAAUGCCUGGAUUUGCUUGCGGGGGUGUAGACCUAAAAUCGAAUGGAAAGAAGUUUCUGCUUAUAUCCAAUCAGAUUGGAAAAGUGUGGAGGUCAAAUCAAACUGGAAAACUAAAAGUGCCAGAUAGAGGGACCAAUGAGGACUUAGGCACUUACUGCAAAAAGUGCCACCCAGAAGGUGACAUAGCUAGUUAUUAUGCUUUAUCCAAGCUGUCGGGGUAUGAAGUACUUCUGGGGACAACCAGCCUGCUUGGAGAACGUCCAGAGGGAGCGCGCUUCAAUACUGAUCCAGUAUAUGAUUUGCGAAGUGAAACUAUAACUGGAUUCAGAUCCAUAUCUCUUUCCUAUAAACAAGUCAGUGGCUUGAUCUAUGCUUACUGCUGAAAGGGAUAGUACAUGUUGUUUCCCUGUUCUUAUCACAGCUUAUUAGCAAGCAACAAGAAAACUUUAAGCUAAUAAGAAAUAUUAACAUAAAUAAGAAUAAACAAACUCAGCGUGGUUAGAGUCUACCUUCCGGCUGGCAUAAAAAUAAAAUGAUAUUGACUGGUAUGUCUUCCAUUUGUUGCAUUUUUGGAAUAAGUAAUUAAUAAUUGUUUAACGUUAAAUUUGUACUAUUGGUGGGUAAGAAAUAAAUGCUUAAUUAUUA